GCAGGGAGCAAAACAGUGACCACAGUAGGAGCACGCAGCCAACGGAGGGAGCCGAGCGGCUGACAGAUAUGCUUCCGGGAGGGGAAGACGGCAAGCGGCGCGGCGCCACCGCCGACGCCGAGGCCGGCGCGAACGCGGCCGCCCUGAACGACCUCUGCGCCACCGCCGGGGACGCGGGGCGCCCCGUGCCCGCGCCGUUCCCGAGGCCGGCGGCCUUGGCGGUCGCGGCGCUGCUCGCGGUGGGGAUCGGGCUCGGCGUCCUCGUCCUCGCCGUCGUGCGCAGCCCCGUGCUGCUCGUGCUCGCGCUGGUGCUCUCGGCGGCCGUGUCCGCGUUCCUCCUGUGGAAUGCCGCGGCCGCGGCUUCCGGCCGCGUGCUGCGGCGGUUCGUCGACGGGCUCCCGGCCUCCAGCCUCCGCGCCGCCGCCGACGGCCAGCUCGUCAAGAUUACCGGCCUGGUUUCAUGUGGUGAUAUUUCGUUGAUUUCUUCAUAUGAGAAGGUGGAGAACUGUGUAUACACAUCUACGCUGCUAAGAAAAUGUGGUAGAUGGGGUUCUGAGGUGGCAAAUCCUAAAAAUAAUUGCUCCAGGUGGAAAUUGACACAUGCUGAGAGGUUUGCUGCUGAUUUCUACAUAACAGAUGCAAAAUCAGGUAAAAGAGCCUUGGUGAAAGCUGGGUACCACACGAAAGUUGUUCCAUUGAUCGAUGAAAAUGUUUUGGUUACAACAAGCAGAAGUACCGAUCUAUCUUCAACCUUGAAAUGUUGGCUACAAGAAAGAAAUCUUUCUUCUGAAGAAGCUCAGCUUAUCCGUCUUGAGGAAGGAUAUAUCACGGAAGGAAUGAAGUUGAGUGUGAUCGGAAUUUUGAGCAAGAAGAAUGGAGAUUUCAUGAUAUUUCCUCCCCGUGAACCUAUAUCUACAGGUUGUGUGUUGCUGUCAUUUCUCCUUCCAGCUUACUUUGAUGGAAUAGUUCUGAGACUAGUAGACAAGAGUUAUUUUAUGCCACAUUCUGGAAUUUCAUGAAAUAUUAUGACAAUUCAUGAGAUGUAACAGCUAACAUUUUUAAUCCAAUACCCUUUUCCCCUGAAA